CCUUUCCCCUUUUCCUCCCUCUCGCUCUCGGCUCCCGCAGUUCCCUUCUGCAGCCGGCCGGCGGCUCUGGCACGAUGCUUCGGCCCCUCCGGUGGCUGCUGCUCCUGUUGCUCCUGCCUCCCCCGGGGUCCCCCGAGCCCCCCGGCCUGGCCCCGCCGUCCCCAGGGGCGCCUCUCCAGGCCCCCGACUUGCUCUACGCGGACGGUCUGCGCGCCUACGCGGCGGGGGCCUGGGCGCCGGCGGUGGCGCUGCUGCGGGAAGCGCUGCGGAGCCGGGCGGCGCUGGGCCGCGCGCGGCGGGAUUGCGGGGCGCACUGCGCGGCCGAGCCGGGGGUCUCGCUCCCCGCCGCCCCGGGGCCCGACUCCGGGCCGGGGGCCUGGGAGCCGCUGCUCCUCCGCGCGGCGCUGCGGCGCGCCGAGUGCCUGACCCAGUGCGGGGCGCGGAGGCUGGGCCCCGGGGGCGCGGCGCGGCUCCGCGUGGGGAGCGCGGUCCGGGACGCCUUCCGCCGGCGGGAGCCCUACAACUACCUGCAGAGGGCUUACUACCAGCUGAAGAAGCUGGACUUGGCAGCAGCCGCUGCGCACACCUUCUUUGUGGCAAACCCAGCACACCUGCAGAUGCGGGAGGACAUGGCUAAGUACAGACGGAUGUCAGGGGUUCGGCCCCAGAGCUUCCGGGACCUCGAGACGCCCCCAUAUUGGGCAGCCUUUGACACCGGCCUGGAACAUCUUGGGCGCCAGGAGGCAGGCCUGGCACUGCCCUGGCUGGAGGAGGCCCUGCAGGAGAGCCUGGCCCAGGUGGAGAGCUGCCGGGCUGGCUGUGAGGGGCCCGAGGAACAGGAGAGGGAGGCAGAGGAGGAGGAGGGGACCGGGAGCCAGGGGGGCCUGUAUGAGGCCAUCGCAGGGCACUGGACCCGUGUCCUGCAAUGCCGGCAGCGCUGUGUGGGGGAUGUGGCCACGCGUCCUGGUCGCAGCCUCCCUGUUCCGGACUUCCUUCCCACCCAGCUGAGGCGGCUGCACGAGGCCCACGCUCAGGUGGGGAAUCUGUCCCAGGCUAUGGAGAAUGUCCUGAGCUUCCUGCUCUUCUACCCAGAGGAUGAGGCUGCCAAGACAGCUCUGGACCGGUACCAGGCCAAGCUGGGGGAGCCAAGACCUGGCCUCGGGCCCAGAGAGGACAUCCAGCGCUUCGUCCUUCGAUCUCUGGGGGAGAAGAGACAGCUGUACUAUGCCGUGGAGCACCUGGGGGCCAGCUUCAAGGAUCCCGACUCCUGGACCCCAGCUGCCUUCAUCCCUGAGGCCCUCAGAGAAAAGCUCAGAGAGGAUCAGGAGAAGAGGCCGUGGGACGAUGAGCCUCCACAACCGAAGCCCCUGACUCACUGGAAGGAUGUCCUCCUCAUGGAGGGAGUAACCCUGACCCAGGACGCAAGGCAGCUGAACGGGUCGGAGCGAGCCGUGCUGGACGGGCUGCUCACCCCGGCCGAGUGUGGGGUGCUGCUGCAGCUGGCCAAGGAUGCAGCUGAGGCUGGAGCCAGGUCUGGCUAUCGGGGUCGCCGCUCCCCACACACCCCCCAUGAACGCUUUGAGGGGCUCACGGUGCUCAAGGCCGCACAGCUGGCCCGGGCUGGGGCAGUGGGCAGUCAGGGUGCCCAGCUGCUCCUGGAGGUGAGCGAGCGGGUGCGGAGCCUAACCCAGGCCUACUUUUCCCCCGACCGGCCCCUGCAUCUCUCCUUCACCCACCUGGUGUGCCGGAGCGCCAUAGAAGGGGAGCAGGCGCAGCGCAUGGACCUGAGCCACCCGGUGCACGCCGACAACUGUGUCCUGGAUCCUGACACCGGGGAGUGCUGGCGGGAGCCCCCAGCCUACACCUACCGAGACUACAGUGGACUCCUCUACCUCAACGAUGACUUCCAGGGCGGGGACCUGUUCUUCACAGAGCCCAACGCCCUCACAGUCACGGCACAGGUUCGUCCUCGCUGUGGCCGCCUCGUGGCCUUCAGCUCAGGCGUGGAGAAUCCCCACGGCGUGUGGGCCGUGACACGGGGGCGGCGCUGUGCCCUGGCUCUGUGGCACACCUGGGCCCCUGAGCACAGGGAGCAGGAGUGGAUGGAAGCCAAAGAGCUGCUGCGGGGGCCAGAGAAGGAUGAAGGAGAAGAUGUGGCCAGCAGGGACCCCGGCCCGGAACCCCCCAGCCGCAGGCUUCCACGGCUCCAGGACAAGGCUGGGAAGCCGCCUCGCAUUCGAGAGGAGUUGUGAGGGGGCCGGCCCAGCUCCUCGGGGAUAUGGCCACUUGACUUGUGGAGGGUCUGCCUUAAUGCCGGGGACCCCCGGGAAGCCCCCGUGUGACCACCGCAGUACAGCGAGCCCUCCAUUCCUGUACCCUGACAUCUUGGGGAUCACCAGGGCCGUGAAACCCUGAACUCAGAGGACCCUGCACAGACUUAGCCUGGGGACUGGCCUGGGGACUGGCCUGGGCCCAGCCAGGAUGGACCUCCAGGCCUAGGACAGACAGAAGAUGGGCAAGGCCGAAGUGGAAAGAACUGGCAGGGGGUAGGGCCCGAGCGGGUGCUGUAAAUGAGGAAGAUGAGAGAGAGGGUCGCCCCCGCCUGCCCUCCCCAGCCUGUCAAUAAAGAUCCUGACCAUC